AGCCACCUAACCCCUCCCUCUCUCUCUCUCUUCUUGGAUAGAGAGCAGCAGAGAGCCAUGAAGAAGACGAACGGUGCCCAUGUGGUCGGAGUGCCUGUCACCUCCAAGGCGUACGCCACCGAGGAGGCGAUGAGGGACCGGCCGGCGGCUAAGAAGGACGGCGAUCGCCUUGCGGUAUCUUUGACGCACCCGAGCCCCUACACGUCCUUCGGUUACAAGCACAGCAGCAAGGGUCAAGUGAUCCGCUGGGUGAACAAGCUGGGCAGACGGGCUCAGAGCUUCAGGGACCAUGUGACCUUGGGACCGAAGCUGUCUGAGACGGUGAAGGGGAAGCUGAGCCUGGGCGCAAGGAUCCUGCAGGCCGGCGGCGUGGAGCGCGUGUUCCGGCAGGCCUUCUCGGCCGAGAAAGGAGAGCGGCUGGUGAAGGCCCUCCAGUGCUACCUCUACACCACCGGCGGUCCCAUCGCAGGGAUGCUCUUUGUGUCCACCCGCAAGAUCGCCUUCCGCAGCGACCGCUCCCUCGCCGUCACCUCCCCGGCUGGAGACGUCGUCGCCCGGGUGCCGUACAAGGUGAUGGUUCCCCUGAGGAGGAUCAAGAGGGUGAGACCGAGCGAGAACGCCGAGAAGCCGGAGGAGAAGUACAUACAGGUGGUCACCGUGGACGGGUUCGAGUUUUGGUUCAUGGGGUUCGUGAGCUACCAGAGAUGCUGCAAGUACAUGCAGCAGGUGUUCUCCGAGCUGUAGCUUAUGCCUCGAUCAGCGUGUCCGGUCGCCGUGGAGGUCCGUGCGAGCGUUUAUCCUAGAAGUGAAGUUUGUGGGCUACUGUGCGCGGCGACAUCUUGUUGGAACUUCCGAAGUCCCGAACUGCUCCACCAUUUUUCUGAUGGGAGCACGUUCCUUCCUCUUGUGAUUCGGAUUGGUUAACAGUUGUGAGGUCUUGAAAGUUCUUUUACUAGGAUUGAUGUACCAAGGAACUUGGUUUUACUGAAUGAAAAUAUUUCAACCGUUCUCA